AUGCGAGAUUCACAAAUAUCAACUGCGCCCAAUACUCAACGCCGACGCUCGAGCGUCCCCAACCUACCCACGAUGUCAACCGACGUUCCGAGCACCAAUCCAACUUAUUGGACAUCUUUCUAUCAACAUCCGGAAUCCUCGCUGCCAUCCUCCUCCUACUUCCCACCCUCUGAUAUAACUCCAGCACCCGCUGAGGCGACCCCUGUAUCCACCACCACUGAGCACAAUCCUGACGUACCAACAAACGGCAACCUCCCUGCCAUCAACGCUAGUGAUAACUUGAUCCAUACCUGUCCUCAUUGCGACCGCACCUCUGCCUCACACAUCUGCCUGGCGAACCAGGAUCUGGAGCAUCCGCAUACACUCUCCGCGUCCGCCUUACGUGUCCACACUGCACUCGCGCAUUCACUCACCGCACUGGUCUACUAG